AUGGAAAAUCAUCCAAAACAUCGGUGCAGCGUGUGCAACAAGACUUUCACUGAAAAGUCCAACCUGACGAGGCAUCUGAAGAUCCAUGCCGUGGCCAGGGAGACCUUUGACUGUGAUGUCUGCAGGAAGAGCUUUACCACCAAGUCAUCGCUGGUCAGCCAUCAGCAGCAACACCAGUACCCCAACAUCGUGUUGUACCGGCAAGGAGAGGCCAGGCUGCAGUGUACAGGGGCAGCAAAGUCUGUGGCAGAGGCCCCCAGCACCGCUGUUGACACUACAUGGCUGGAUCCCCAGACAGCAGAGGCGGCUGCCAAGAGGUCCGGGGGUGAGCUGUGGAAAGGUCAGCUGGUCAUCGUGUUCGGGAAGUACACCGGUCAGACCUUCAGGUGGCUUCUGGAAAACGAUGUCGGCUGGCUGGUGUGGUUGCUGUUCCAGUACUGCCAGCAGGGAGAGCAGAACAAGCUGCUGAAGUGGCAGAAGGAGCGACUGCUUGAGUACGCCAGAGAGUUCCCUCCUGUCACAUGGCACCUUGAUAGGAGGUUGAAGAAAGUGCAAAUGAAGAAAGAGCGGGCUCCUCCGACCGUCUCCGACCUCUCUCAGCAGGACCCCAGCUACGCCAGCGAUGCAGAGUUGUUGGCUGCUGCAGAGAGUGUCCUGGACGAGUCCGAGGCGUCGGUCAGCACGCAGCUGACAACCUGGGGAGACCUCGCCAGCUCCGUGUGCCAGGACGACAGGCCAGGGCCCUCGUCCCUCCGACAGACCUCGGAACCCGGUGGCGUCGUGCUGGAGGGCUGGCAGAAGUUCUGGGAGCAGCCGCCUGAAUCCGCCCAAGCCCUUGGUAUAGCCCCCGCGAACAUCAAGUGGCUGAAGACCAACGAGACCUACGGGCUGUUUGAGAGGGCGUCCAGGUACAAGAACGUCAGGGGAGAGAUUUCCGAGAGGAAGCUCUUUAAGGAGAAGAUGGAGUUCCACCCGCCCCCACCUCCUAUGGCCGUCAAGGGAGCUGUGCCCAACAUGCUCUCCUUCUUCACCACCCCUGCCUUCUUCUGGCGCCCGGUCGGCGUGAUGAAGGCGUUGAUCCGCUGCCCCAACACCAACUGCCCCGCACCGCCAGGAGCGUACCUGGAGAAGAAAGGCUUCGGCAGCUACGCCAGGCAAGUGUGUGGCAUGAAGUUCAACUACACCCUGUUGACAGAGAAGCUUACGUGCCCACAUUGUCGAAAGAUGAGGCAGACCGUGAGCCAGGCACACGGUGAUGCGGACGACAGUGAAGAUGAGGGGGCAGACGCACACAGUGCCCAACAGUACACGUGGCUGGCACACAGUCCCAAGAUUCUGAUGAACCUCGCCCCAGCCAUCAGAAGCAUGUUCCCUGCCAUACUGUGUGGGAAGCGUGCUGUGGACAGAGGUGUGGUCACCCUGCUCAGUGACCGACUCAACGCUGUCUCAAUGAGCAAGGUGCAGAGGCUGCUGCAGCAGGGCCACGACGAGUGGUACGUGGAGCGGCGUGACCUGUACCAGACUCUGCUGUACGAUGCCCACACAGCUGGAUCCGCUUCAUCUCAGGGGGGCAUCCUGUCCUAUGUGAGAGCAGCUGGCACUUACACCCCUCCCAUUGCCCAGUCUCCCCUUCCGUCUGCUCGUCUCCUGAGGCGUGCUCACCUGAUCAUGGAGAUCGAAAAGAUGCCCGUCUACAGACACCAGAUCCUCAGUGUGACUGGAGAAAUCCUGUGCAUUGAUGGUACAAGAAAAGUCCUCAAGAAGAUAUAUGGUGAUGGCCAGGGUACCAUGCAGUACGUCACCAGUGUACUGAACGAGUGGGGCCAGUUCUUGACGACAGUGGUGGUGGCAGCUGAGUCAGAGGGGUGCUACGCGCGCAUGGCGAAAGGUCUCAUUGCCCGGUUUCGACGUGCCAAUGCUCCUGCACCGAAAGUAAUUUAUGCAGACAACAACUGCUGUCGUGACAGCGGUUCCUCCUUUCUGGAGAGUCUGUUUGCUGACUGGGUACAGCAGGGUGCUGUGGUCAGACUGGACAUCCGACACUGGCUACAUCGCUGGGAUGCUGUUGUGAUCAAACAGAGCCAUGCCAAGUACGGGUUGUUCAUGAGUGCCUUGGCUGGUGCGGUGCUCGCCUACAACAAGACGGACAUGAUGCUCCUGGUCCAGGCUGUCAGGAGUGGCAACGGAGAGCUGUACGGCAGGUAUUCCGACGAGGAGAUGAUAGCCUUCCUCAAACCUCACCAGGUCAGAUCGUAUGUGAGGCGCAUCACCCGUGGGGUUGUGGAGUCUGCUUUGGUGAUUGAGGCCAUCAUUGCCGAGUUCGGGGGACCAGCAGGCCUGGACAUUGAUGGAAUCCCCCUGUUCAAGUCAACAGAGGCAGUUGAUGCUCACUGGGCAACUGCAAGCAAGCAUCUCGGCUGCAUGCAGGAUCCCCCUGGCAUACAGCUGUAUGUGUCUGUGAAGGUUGUGGUGCUGAAUGGUGUUCGGCUCAACAAGUACAGGUGCCGGAGAGGCAGUAACUCUUUGGAGGGGUUGCACGCACACCUUUACAAUGCCAUACCUUCACAGAGAUGUGGGAUUAUGCCGUUCCAAGCAUACCUGAUGGCCUUUGCUGUGCAGUGGAACAACCGCAUGGCAUCACUCCGGGUUGCUGGCGGUCAGGGUCGGCAGACGUCAUGCAUGGACGCGCGGCAGAUCCAGCGCAUCAAUCAGCAGGCUGAGCUUCUGUUCGGCAAGGAGCACGUCCUGGAGCCCAACUUUGCUGCUCCACUGCCCGUCCCUGAUGCGUACGAGCACCCAGAUGAGGAGGAGCUCCUUGGCGUGGAGUAUGCCGUGUGCCAGUCUACCAGCUUCACUGCUAAAAAUUUCUAUGUGCAGAAAGCAAUGACUGACACGAAGGGGAAACCCAGGAAUAGGACUCGGAUGCAGAGUAGUUGA